UUUCAUUGUCUCUAUAUUGUUUGAUCGUUGUGCGUUUCCUGGUCGCCUUGAUCACGACCGCGAGCAGAAUACCGUUCCUGUAGCUAGUAUCCAUCUUGCUUCCUGCAUCUCUUUCGACGCCGCCCCUGUCAUAAUCUAAUUUUUUGCUUCGACUGUUCUCUCCGAGUAGAAAGUGCCGAGUAUGAUAAUCUUUAGAAAUUAACGCCUUUCGUUCAUUUGUACGAGAGAACAAUCAUAAUAACCUGAUCUUCUAAGGAUGGAGUAAUUUAUUAAAAACCGCUAUCAAUUGAUCAGGCUCCUAUUGCAUGUCAUCAGGAGUUGGCAGUGAUUCCGAGGUCAUGGCAGAACUGGCAGCGCUCCUUCGACAUGAGAUUCCAGAGGGGCGGAAUAAUCUGGCCGACAGCCACACAAAUCUGGAGAGGGUCGCCGAGUAUUGCGAGGCCAACUACUUCCAGGCGGAGAACAAGAGAAUCGCGCUGGAGGAAACCAAGAAUUACACCACGCAGUCUUUGGCCAGUGUCGCGUACCAAAUAAACACCUUGGCUUACAAUUUUCUGCAACUGUUGGACCUGCAGACGUCCCAACUUGCCGAGAUGGAGAGUCAGAUGAAUCACAUCGCUCAGACGGUCAUGAUCCACAAGGAGAAAGUUGCAAGGAGGGAAAUCGGCGUUCUGACAGCGAACAAAAUGACGACGCGCCAGUAUAAAAUCAUCGCUCCCGCGAAUCCAGAAAAACCAAUUAAGUACGUUAGAAAGAGUAUUGAUUACACGAUCCUGGAUGAGAUUGGGCAUGGUGUACGCAACUGUGGUACGCCACGAAGCAAGCAGAGGGGAGGUAGUCAGGGCAGUGUUCAGAGUUUAGGUGCUGCUUCCACAGGUUCGGGCUUAGGUGCUGCUAUGGUAGGACCCGCUCCUACUACCAAACCACCUACACCACCUCAGACAGUAAGAACUGGAACGUUGAGUAAAGGAUCGCGCGAGUAUAGGACACCACCGGCAGUAGCCCCGCCACAAGUUCCUAGUCAUUACGCGCCCAACUAUCCGCUCGGUCAUCCCAGGCGAGACCGCGGCCCGGGAUACAGCACGCUGCCGUUGCACGCUCAUAACUCGUCCCACGCAAGUCAUAACGCCAACCACAACGCGCACACCAACACCAUCAAUCAUGGUAGCCUGCCGCAAGUGGGAACGGUGCAUCCCCUGCAGAGUCAUCCGCAGACACCGCCACCAGCACCGCCCAGCGUCACCGCGGGUUACGUGCAGGAGCAGCAUAACAGUAUGCCUCCUCCACCUUCACCCUUGGUCGGACUAAGCGGCGACAUGGCGGAGUACAGCGGGCAUCAUACCUUACCGCACAGAUUAUCGCAUCAAGUUAGUCGUGGCAGUGGAGCGAAUAGUCCUCCGUUGCCGCCGCCACCGCCACCAGAGCAUGAGGAACAUCCGCAGUUCGGCAGACCAACGCCGUCCUCCGGUGCUAUCAUGCCGAUUGUGCCGGACGAGGAAGAUUUGCCCGGGUGGGUGCCGAAAAAUUACAUCGAGAAAGUGGUAGCCAUCUACGAUUAUUACGCGGACAAGGAAGACGAGCUGAGUUUCCAAGAGAGUUCCGUGAUCUACGUGCUCAAGAAGAACGACGACGGAUGGUGGGAGGGAGUGAUGGACGGAAUAACCGGAUUGUUCCCGGGCAAUUACGUCGAGCCAUGCGUAUAACUACAUGCGAUAAUCGGCUAUAUCAAAAUAAUGACCGGAAGACUGCAAUUUUUAAGCAUUUAUCAUGCACGUGCGCUAUUCAUCACACUCAUAUUAAUCAUUAAUAUCGCGAUAAACAAAAGCUAUCACAAUCCUCGUUUGCGCGAACAUUUGAGUAACUUGUGCUCAUCAGCAUACGGAGAUGAUUGUUCAAAAGGCGUGAUUUUUCUUUCGUAGAUGUUAUUUUGUGAAUUUUUAAGAUUGUAGAAAAGAUGAUUAAGCUCUCUCUAAAGCUUAGUGUCCAUACAAAGGUAAUCGUUAGAAAUGUAAGACGAAAGGGUAGGAAUAUAAAUAAGGGUAUUCUCUGUAGCAUUUUUUUAGUGACAGUUCUUCGCAAUUGUUGAUCUUGAGAACGUUUCUUUUAGAAAUGGGCACUACAAAAGUGUAUCAGUGCUAUAAAAAUGUGAGUGAUACCGCUUUUAGAACUGAUCUUAGUCAAUAAUAAUUUGCGCGAUGAUCGCAAUAAUCGGUGCAAAACGAGGUAUGACCAAUUUUCUCCGUAGAUCAUACAUCUUUAUCCAUCAUUUGUCCUAUUCACCGUAGCGAUUCUUGCCGCGCCUAUAGUCGUGCGAAAAAUAUUGAAGGAUGACUAAAUGUUGUGACGUUAACACGUCGUAAAAGUGGGGACAAAACUGCGUAUUUAAUUAUUCCGUAAAGUAAUUUCGACAUUAAGCGAGUUAACGAAUCAAACGAUUGAAGAAUUACAUUUUUAUAUUGAAGUAAGAAAGUGUAUUUUUCUGCAUUUUUAGUAUCUCUUCAAAUAGAUAUCGAAGUAUACGUAAGUAAUUAUAGUAGCAGAAUUAUAUUCUAUUAUGUAUAUGUACAUAUAUCCAUGUAUAAAUUUAAAAAAUCGUAUGUUGCAAUAUAGAUUUUUCAUCAUUAGAAACCUCCGACUACGUGUUUACAUUAUUCGCAGGAUGAUUCGCGCGUUUGAUCUAUAGCCGUGCGACAUUCUAAAGAAAAAUAAUUUUUUAAAUGGGGAAAUCGUGCUCAUUUUAAUAAGACGAAUAAAUAAAUAUAUAUAUAUAUGUCACAUAUGUAUAUUAGUUUCUCCAUAAGAUUUUAUUAACACAAAAUAAAAUUAAGAU